AUGGGAGGUGAAAAUAAUUUUGAUGGUUUAUCAUUUUUUGACAACAAUGAUUUUCAAAACUCAAAUCGAGAUUAUGUGAGAGGUGCAAUGGAUGAUAAUAAUAAUAGAAGUGAAGAAAAAGGGCUACUUGAAAAAGCUAUAAGCUUUUCAAAAAAGGGCGCAGAAACUAUACAAAAAGGAAUUAAAAAAACAUUAGAUAAAACUAAUUUAAAUAGUUCUCCUUCAUUGAUAUCUAAUUCAACAGCAGCCGAUACAGGAUCCAUGUUUUCAAAUUUCCCAUCUUUUACUAAUCAAAAUAGUGAAAAUUCUGCAAGCACAGCUUAUGCAUUUACAACAUUAUUAUCAUAUAAAAAUUUUCCAUUAUUUUGUCUUUUAUUUGGAAUUAGUAUUGUUUUUAUGUUACUAUCCAUAUUCACCUUACCAAUGAUCGUUAUAUCUCCUAGACAGUUUGGAUUUUUCUUUACAUUAGCCUCAAUAUGUUUUGUUUCAUCAUUGGCAUUUCUUAAAGGGUUUUCUAACUUGUACGCCCAUUUGACCGAGAAAAAUCGCCUUCCAUUCACAACCGCAUACAUAUUAUCCUUAAUUUCAACCCUUUACUAUACCGUCAUUAGUCCCUUUUACUUAUUUGCCUUAAUAACAUCCAUUAUCCAAGUGUUUGCACUUAUUUCUUUCAUUCUUUCAUACAUACCAGGUGGAGCUAAUGUAAUAAAAAUGGUACUUACUGGAAUGUAUAAUUAUAUUAAAGGUCUAUUUCGUAGAAAUAAUUCCUCAGAUUUACCGUUUUAA